AUGGUAUCCAGCACCAACACGGCCAGCGCCAUCAACCUCCAGUCGCCCAACGCCAUUCCUCCCCGAACCUCCUCGACAGGUUACACAACACCGCAGCCGCUGCCCCCUGUCAAGUCUGUCCUACGCCCCGUUCCCGAGUCCGACUGGCUUGGUCAGGGCAACCGACACCGCAAGAAUUCCUCGGCUUCCCGCCUUCCCUUGACCGGCAUGAACGCCACCGCCGCCCAAGACCCCGCGCGCUACGCGUCCGAAGACCUGAACUUCACCUCGAGAAAGACAUGGACCGAGCAGAAGGAAAAGGUGUUGAUGGGCCCUUAUGAAUAUCUGUUUGCGCACCCUGGGAAGGACCUCCGCACCCUGAUGGUCAAUUCCUUCAAUGCCUGGCUGCACGUGCCGCAAGAGAGCUUGGACGUCAUCACCAAGGUUGUCGGCAUGCUGCAUACAGCCUCGCUGCUCGUCGAUGAUGUCGAGGACAAUUCGGUACUACGACGUGGUCUGCCGGUGACCCACAGUAUCUUCGGUACCGCGCAAACCAUAAACUCGGCCAACUACGUCUACUUCUGCGCCCUACAAGAACUACAAACGCUGAAGAACCCGAAAGCCGUCAGCGUCUACACGGAAGAGCUGCUGAAUCUCCACCGCGGACAAGGCAUGGACCUCUUCUGGAGAGACACCCUUACUUGUCCCACGGAAGAAGAGUAUCUCGAGAUGGUCGGAAACAAGUGCGGAGGUCUCUUCCGUCUGGCCAUCAAACUCAUGCAAGCCGAGUCCAACUCCCGGAUCGACUGUGUUCCCCUCGUGAACCUCCUCGGCAUCAUCUUUCAGAUCCAGGAUGACUACAGAAACCUGUCAAGCCCCGAGUACGGCGAGAACAAGGGCCUUUGCGAAGAUCUGACAGAAGGCAAAUUCUCGUUCCUCAUCAUUCACAGCAUCCGCUCUAACCCUGCGAAUUUGCAACUCCUGAACAUUCUUAAGCAGAAGACAUCGGACGAUGAGGUUAAGCGUUAUGCCGUCAAGUAUAUGGAGGGCACUGGCAGCUUCGACUACACCAAGAAGGUCGUCGAUGUCCUCGUUGAGAGGGCGAGAAAGAUGGCGGACGACAUCGACGAUGGGAGAGGAAAGAACGUUGGUAUUCACAAGAUUUUGGACAAGAUGGUUGUAUAA